AUGUUGCUCGCCGCCCUCCGCGCGCCGUGUCGUGCGCAGGGAGCACAGGUCACCCGCACUUUCGCACGCGCAUUUGGGAGCCGUUCGCCAGCUGUCGCGCGCCCUGCGUCGCGCGUCCUCAGCCAGGUGCGAUGGCCGGGUACGCUGCGGCAACAGCUCGCAGUCGCACCCAGUGCUGGCCGCUUCUACGCUGUCGCGGUCAACACCCCUCCUCCAUCAGAGGCACAGCAAGUACCUCCCGUCGCAGAGGCAGAAGCACCCCCGAAGGUCGAUGAAGCAGUCCCGCAACUGGUUCCAAAGUCUGUUGGCAUUUGGCUCAUGUCCUGCUCCGUCUUGGUCCUCCUCAUCGUCGUAGUCGGUGGCGUAACUCGCCUCACCGAGUCCGGUCUCAGCAUUGUCGAAUGGCGCCCCGUCACUGGUAUCAUCCCUCCUCGGAAUGCGGCCGAAUGGGAAGAGGAGUUCAACAAGUACAAGGAGUCACCCGAGUUCAAGCUGCUUAACCACCACUUCACGGUCUCCGAGUUCAAGAAGAUCUUCUACAUGGAAUGGGGCCACCGCAUCCUCGGUCGCCUCCUCGGUGUCUAUUUCCUUGUCCCCUUCGCAUACUUUGCUGCCCGCGGCCGCCUCGACAAGCGCACACUCUACAAGUGCCUUGCCAUGGGCGGCCUCAUUGGCGCGCAGGGUGCAAUGGGCUGGUACAUGGUUAAAUCGGGCCUCGAGGACUCUAUCAUCCAGGAGAACGGCGUCCCCCGCGUGUCGCACUACCGUCUGACGAGCCACCUCGCGCUGGCAUUCGCGUUGUACGCUGGGAUGUUCUACGAGGGCAUGGCGAUCAUCAAGGACUGGAAGUAUGCGCACGGCAAGCCGUGGAGUGGACUGAAGGACGGGACUACGGUGGAGGAGUGCUUGAAGCGUCCGGCUGUGCGUAGCUUCUUGCGGCAGGCUCGGUGGGCCACUGGCCUUGUCUUCAUCACUGCACUGUCGGGUGCCCUCGUUGCUGGCUUGGACGCGGGCCUGCUCUACAACGAGUGGCCGUAUAUGGGCAAUGGCUUCAUGCCGCCGAAGGAGGAGCUCCUUGACACCAGGUACUCGAAAACGGCCGAUCGCUCCGACCUUUGGUGGCGAAGCAUCCUCGAGAACCCGGUCACGGUCCAAUUUGACCACCGCACCAUGGCCUACAUCUCGUACUCCAUGGUGACCGCCCUCGCCGCACAGGCCCUCUACCGCCCCGGCUGGAAGGCCGCGCUGCCCCGCGCCGCCACCAUCUCUAUCCUCGCCGGCUGGGUUGCUGUGAACGUGCAGGUCCUUCUCGGCAUCACCACGCUCCUCUACAUGGUCCCCACCUCAACGGCCUCGCAGCACCAGCUGAAUAGCAUGGUCCUGAUGAGCGCGAUGUUCCACACGCUGCUCUCGUUGCGGAGGCCGAGUGCGGCGGCUCGGGCAUGGCGUGCGGCGGCGGCUAAGGCUGCCAGGAAGUAA